AUGUCACUUUUCAAUGCGACGAGUAACUUUACUCGAAAUGAUGCUCCAGCUUUACGGUUGCUUCGAAAGAGUGAGAGCUCUGAUGAUGAUGAGAAAAGGCUGAAAAGAAGAGAAAAGAACCGAGUUGCUGCACAGAGGAGCCGCAAAAGACAAACCCAGAGAGCUGAUGAGUUGCAUGAGGUGUAUGAAUGUCUGGAACAGGAGAACAGCCUGCUGAGGAAGGAAGUCCAGCUUUUGAUAGAGGAACAGCAACGCUUGACAGAUGCCCUCAAAGCCCAUGAGCCUUUGUGCCCUGUCUUGAACUGUGGUAUGACCUCAACAUCAAGGUCCAUAGGCACAGUGUCACCUGAGUUUAUGUCUAGAUAGAGACACUCACAUC